UGUCAGGACAAGAUCGGUGAAUCCUUGCGUGGUGUCAUCGACCAUUGGGGUUUAGUUGUUCAGUCCGAAGCGAAGAAUGCCACAGGACUGGUGGUUGGAAAAACGAAGUGUCUGGCUUCUGCUUUGGGGGUUCUUUAUUUUAUCGGAAGGCCGGACCUUUACGAUCGACUACGAGAGAAACACGUUCCUCAAAGACGGGAAACCGUUUCGGUAUGUGUCGGGCUCACUUCACUAUUUCCGGGUUCCCCAUGAGCUCUGGUUGGACCGACUGCAAACCAUGAGAGCUGCCGGACUGAACGCCAUUCAAACGUACAUCGAAUGGAGCACUCACGAACCCACCAACGGACAUUUCAGCUUCGAAGGUCAGAGUGAUAUCGUGAAAUUUAUCCAGACGGCUGAGUCUCUCGGGUUUCUCGUCCUCCUCAGGCUAGGUCCCUUCAUCGAUGCUGAGCGAGAUAUGGGUGGACUGCCUUUUUGGCUAAUGACAAAUAACUCGAACGUUGCACUAAGAACCAGCAGCCCAGCAUACCUUCGAUACGUGGAUCGCUAUUACAGCAAACUCCUACCUCUAUUAAAGCCACUUUUGUAUUGCAACGGUGGACCCGUGAUUAUGCUACAGAUUGAAAACGAAUAUGGUAGCUAUCCGGCCUGUGACUUCAAGUACACGUCUCACUUGCGUGACCUAGUACUUAGUUAUGUCGGUAAAGACGUCAUUCUUUACUCUACUGACGGCAACGAUGACGACUUCCUCAAGUGCGGAAAAAACGAUGGAGUGUAUACUACCAUUGACUUUGGAACAGGAACAAACGUGUCUGAAGCAUUUGCAGUACAAAGACGCCAUCAAUGGAAAGGACCAUUCGCGAAUUCGGAGUUCUAUCCUGGAUGGCUCGAUCUAUGGGGGAUUCCACACUCGACUGUACCCGCAGCCGAUGUUGUGAAGACUCUGAAAGACAUGCUGCUCAGAAACGCUUCGUUUAACAUAUACCCUUUCCAUGGAGGAACAUCAUUCGCAUUCACUGCAGGUGCUGUUAUAUCGGACGGUAAUUAUCGGCCCUGCGUUACGAGCUACGACUUCGAUGCUCCGAUGACAGAAGCCGGAGACCCAACGCCUAAAUAUUUCGACAUACGCAAUACCAUCAGCCAGUUCAUACCUUUGCCUCCUGUUCCCCCUCCGCAUUCGAAGCCCAAGAUGAGUGUUGGACCAAUUACGCUGCAUUUUGCUGGCGGCUUACAGGCGAUUAUACGAGCGACUUGGAAAGCUGCAGUACAAUCAACGUACCCACUGUCUUUCGAGGACGUUAACCAUGGUUAUGGACUCAUGGUGUACAUGACAAAUAUUACGUUUCGAACUGCUAACCCGGCCGUGCUGAGGGUGUCUGGACUCAGAGACAGAGGUUACGUUUACGUCGAUGGUGUAUUCAAAGGCAUACUAUCUCGCAUGGACAAUGUGUUCGAAAUCCUUCUCCCUAUCAAGCAAGGAUCCACCUUAGCAAUACUCGUCGAAAAUCAAGGACGAGUGAGCGUUGGCCCGGGUACGCUAGACAGAAAGGGAAUCAUAAGCAACGUCACUCUUGGAACACGAACUCUUACGCACUGGAUGAUGCUGCCAGUUUCAACGAACGUUCACGAAGCCCUGGUUGGAAGAGCGAUUGGAACAACACCGAGGGUCAACCAGAGUAGUGCAGGGCUCGCAGUGUAUUUUGCAGUAUUUAGCCUACUUGUGUCUGAACCACAGGAUACGUUUCUAAGGUUAGAUGGGUGGACAAAGGGCUUCGCAUACUUAAACGGACAACCCUUGGGUCGGUACUGGCCAGGACAGGGACCACAAGUGACGCUCUAUGUGCCUUCUCUGUACUUCCAGCAGCACAAUAGAGUUGUGGUCAUCGAACAAGAGGAAGCACCAUGCGGAUCGCCCGAGUCGUGCACUAUUUCUUUCGUUUCGGAACCAGAAAUCAACGGCCCUGUCCCAGAAGGCGGAAUGCAGCUGAAGUACCUGAAGUACCGGCACGUGUCAGCAACCGUCGAAGCCUAGCUCAGUUCACGUGCACACCAACCAUAGCAGAAAGCCUCAUGUCACACAGUAUGUAACAUACGAAGAACUGAAAGUAGCGUUUUGCAGGCUCCACAGGUCCACGUGCGACAAAAUGAAUUUCAGUCUGAGAGAGUGUUCACUUCCUUGUACACAGAGAACACCGCAGAUAUUGUGGUUGUGGACCUGAAUCGUGUUCAAUACUGUUGCAAUAAAGCUGUUUAUUCUGUAAUCUUUA